AAACCACAGAAUAGUUCAGUGAAGAAAAGGGGAAUUCACAUAGAAAACUUUCAAGACACUGAUAUUUCCAUAGAUACUAAAUGCACCAUGGCCCCAGAGAGUCGAUUUGACUGUGCCAGGGACAGGCUUCUCAGCCAGAGAGAGUGUGAGGAGAGGGGAUGCUGCUAUGUCCCUUUGCCUAACACUGCAGGACCACCUUGGUGCUUCUACCCCAGCUGGUACCCUGGCUACAGUAUGGGUCCCCUCACUCCCACCAGGCGAGGACAGGCUGCCACUCUUACUCGUGCCCUCCCCUCCUAUCUCCCCAGAGAUAUCUCUACUCUAAAUCUAGAAGUCAUUGAGGAGACUGUGGGCUCCUUGCACCUUACUUUGAAGGACCCAUCAUCUCCACGAUAUGAAGUAAAUCUCCCAGCUGGUGUUCCUCAGAGCAAAGCUGAUACCCAUGAUGCCCUCUACACCACUGAAUUCCAAUCUGACCCAUUUGGCUUCAUAGUUCGGCGAAAAUCCAGCAGAAGGGUGAUUGUGAACACGACAGUGGCUCCCCUGCUGUUUGCUGACCAGUACUUGCAGCUGUCCACCACACUGGCCUCUUCCUUUGUAUCUGGCCUGGGGGAGCAUUAUACCUCCCUCUGCCUGGACCUUAACUGGACUUCCUUGACUCUUUGGAACAGAGACAUGGCACCUCAUGCUGAUGCUAACCUCUAUGGCUCCCAUCCAUUCUAUGUAGUACAGGAAGGGGAUGGCCUGGCACAUGGAGUUUUCCUUCUGAAUAGCAACGCAAUUGAGAUCUGAUUGCAGCCAACUCCCGCUCUCACCUGGGUGUCCACUGGUGGAAUCCUGGACCUGUACAUUUUCUUGGGUCCUGACCCCCAAAGUGUUAUACGACAGUACCUCCAGGUCAUUGGUUAUCCUAUGAUGCCCCCGUAUUGGUCACUGGGCUUUCAUCUGUGUCGCUGGGGUUACACAACCACUAAUACAACACGAAAGGUUGCACAGCGCAUGCACAGUGAUGACUUUCCCCUGGAUGUGCAGUGGAAUGAUCUGGAUUAUGCAGAUAAGCGCAGGAUUUUUACCUUUGACACCUGGCGUUUUGGGGACCUCCCAGAGAUGGUGGAGGAGUUCCAUAAGAGAGGCAUGAAGUACAUCCUGAUUCUGGACCCAGGAAUCAGCAGCACCAGCCCCCCUGGAACUUAUCCUCCCUUUGAUGAUGGACUAAAACAAGAUGUCUUCAUUAAAAAUGCUACAGGACACAUCCUGAUAGGGAAGGUUUGGCCUGGUCCAACAGCCUUUCCUGACUUCACCAACCCAAAGACCAAGCAGUGGUGGGAAGACUGCAUCAGAGAUUUUCAUUCUAAAGUGCCUGUGGAUGGUUUGUGGAUUGAUAUGAAUGAACCAGCCAAUUUUGUCCAGGGCUCAGUGGAGGGCUGUCCUAACAGUGAUCUUGAGAAUCCACCCUACACACCCAGGGUGGUUGGAGGCCAGUUGAACUCAGGAACUCUUUGCAUGUCAGCUCAGCAGAAGCUGUCUACUCACUACAACCUACACAAUAUGUACGGGCUGACAGAAGCAUAUUCCACCCACAGUGCUCUUACAAAGGUACGAGGGAAGAGAUCCUUUGUCCUGUCGCGCUCCUCUUACCCUGGCAUUGGACGCUUUGCUGGAGUGUGGACAGGAGACGUCAGGAGUGACUGGGAGCAGCUUCGAUACUCCAUCCCUGCGGUGCUGCAGUUCGGCCUGUUUGGGGUGCCCCUGGUGGGGGCAGACAUCUGUGGCUUUGGAGGGAACACCACUGAAGAGUUGUGUGUACGGUGGAUGCAGCUUGGUGCCUUCUACCCAUUUAUGAGGAACCACAAUGACAAGCCAAAUGCUCCUCAAGAGCCCUAUGUAUUUGGGCAGAAUGCCCAGAGUGCCAUGCGGAGUGCUUUGAACCUUCGUUACUCCCUUCUCCCAUUCCUCUACACACUCUUCCAUCAUGCACACACCUCUGCUGACACCGUGGCCAGGCCACUCUUCAUGGAGUUUCCCACAGAUCCUAACUGUCAGACCAUAGACCGACAGUUCCUGUGGGGGAGUUCACUUCUCAUUAGCCCAGUUUUAGAGAAAGGGGUAGUAGAGUUGACUGCCUAUCUGCCCCCCGGCACUUGGUAUAGUCUGCACAAUGGCCAGCCUUUCCGCAGUAAGGGUCAGUACAUGCUCCUGCCAGCCCCUCUUGACACCAUCAACGUCCAUGUGAGAGAGGGGCACAUUCUCCCUCAGCAGGAGCCUGCUUUAACAACCACAGCCUCACGUAGAAACCCUUUCUUCUUGACUGUGGCACUAUCAGCGGGCGGCUGGGCCUGGGGCAGCUUGUUCUGGGAUGAUGGGGACAGUCUUGACACUUAUGAAAUGGGAAACUAUUGUUACAUUAUCUUCACUGCGGGACAGUGUCAGAUUGUGAGUGAUCCUCUCAGGCUGAAUGGGGCCUUGGACGGUCUGGUCCUGGGAGGGCUGCGGGUGUUUGGUGUGCCCUCACCACCCCAGUAUGUGUUAGCCAAUGGAGAAAAAGUCAGGGAUUUUACAUACUGCAGUGACACCAAGGUUUUGAUAGUGACCGGCCUGGCCUUGCCCAUAUCAAAGGUGUUUACAGUCCAGUGGGUGCUCCACUGAUACAGUGAACUUUGAUACCCAU